AUUAAGGAAACAAUAAAUCAAGUGAACUCUGUCAUCCAGCAGGGAAUGUUGGUAGGACGAAAGUUUAUUAGCUUCAAACUUUUCGGGAUUGUUGCUGAUGCACCAGCUAGCAGAUCGUGGGUCUGGAUCUACAGCAGAUCGUGUGUCUGGAUCUACAGCAGAUCUUGGGUCUGGAUCUACAGCAGAUCGUGGGUCUGGAUCUACAGCAGAUCGUGGGUCUGGAUCUACAGCAGAUCGUGGGUCUGGAUCUACAGCAGAUCGUGGGUCUGAAUCUUCAGUAGAUCGCAGGUCUGGAUCUACAGCAGAUCGUGGCUCUGGAUCUACAGCAGAUCGUGGGUCUGGAUCUACAGCAGAUCGUGGCUCUGUAUCUACAGCAGAUCGUGGGUCUGGAUCUACAGCAGAUCGUGGCUCUGGAUCUACAGCAGAUCGCGGGUCUGGAUCAACAGCAGAUCGCGGGUCUGGAUCUGGUUCUGGAUCUAAAGAAGCACGAGGAUCUGGAUCGGAUGGAAAGAAUGGGUUUGAAGAAAAAGUUCUGAAGGCUCUGGAGGGUAUUAGAAGAGACCUUGAUUUCCUGAAGAAGAAGAAGAAAGGGUGGUUGAAAGCCAGUGAAGAAUUUCUACCGCUGAAGAGUGUUGAAGAUCUCCAAAAGUUGGACAACCUGUGCACAGAACCAGACAAAAUGGAUGAACAGAUAAUUCUGCUGAUGACUGAAGGGGGGAGAGGACUAGGAGAUAUAACAAGGUUGGCAUUACACUAAACUAUUCUGCUAGUUAUU